CCAGCAUCGGCCGCGAACAUCGACCGUUGUCUGAGACUUCCUCUCAAGCAUCCAUCCGACUCGCGGUGCAUCAGCAUUUCCACCGGCAGCAAGAGUCCGAAGUCAGAUUUUACACCUUGACUUUGACCUUAUUCGCUGCUGCGUCUUUGCGCAACAACCUUGAACUCCAGGCCUUGGACGCCCGCAAGCAGGAACCGACGCAAGGGGAGCCAGAGGCAAGGAUUUCCAAGAUGUCGGAUGCGCCUCCGCCGUACCAACCGUACGCACAGCCGAGCGCAUCAAGUGCUCAACAGCGACCGCAGCAGCAACAGUUGUAUGCACCUCCGCCGGGCCCGCCCCCGCAAAUGGGUGGCGAUGCACGCCUGCCGCCCAUUCCUCUUCACAACCCUCCGCCAUCGCAUACAUCCACUUCCUAUCCGGCCAGCUAUAACCCGUUCUCGUCGCACAUGAACAGCUCACCGAAUGCCCAGCUGCAAGCGGCUUACCCGGCCAUGCAACCACAAUCGAUGCAAGGGUAUCUGCCUCAAGGCCAUCCUCCGCACAGUUAUCCGCCUCAAGGGUCGCAGCAACAACACCCGUACCCUUCGGCAGAUCUCCAGAGGGUAUCGAGUGUGACAAGCCACGCGACAAACAUGAAUAGCGCGGGAAACGUAGGAAGAGUAGGAAGCAACAGCAGCAUGCGCGCCGGCGAAGAUCCUUUAGACAUGCUCAAGGAUUUCGACACGAUCGUUAUUGUCGACGAUUCGGGCUCGAUGCAACUAAGUCCAGAGCAAGGCGGGCCUUCCCGCUGGGAAGAAGCAAGAGAUGCUCUCGCUGGCGUCGUCUUUCUCGCCAGUCAAAAGGAUGCAGAUGGCAUCGAUGUCCAUUUCCUAAAUUCUGACAGGUCACUGCACAAUUGCACCCGGCCGGACGAGGUCAAGUGUCUGUUCGACACCAUCGUGCCUGACGGAAUUACGCCUACAGGCACAAAGAUCGAGAUUUUGAUGCUCGAAUAUCUCGAUCAGAUCGAGGAUUUUAAACAGAAGAAGGGAGCAGGACUUGCACAGGGGAAGGAGCCAAAGAAGAGAAACUACGUCGUCAUCACGGAUGGUGCAAGCAGCGAUGAUGUCGAAUCCGUAAUCAUCUCCAUAGCCAGGCGACUGGACGCGGGAAAGUUUCCGCUCAGCCAAGUCGGCUUUAGCUUCAUCCAAUGCGGCGAUGAUCCGGAGGCGACCGAAGCGCUACGAGAAUUGGACGAUGCCAUUCAUCAAAACGGUGGUGUCAGAGAUAUUGUCGAUACCACUCCUUACUCUGGCAUGGCCCUCAACACAGAGCUCAUCACCAAAGCGUUACUGGGGGGUAUCAAUCGCCGCUACGAUCGAAAAGACCGUCGAGCAUCUACACUGCGAUAGCAUUCCCUCAGCUGCUUGUACAGGGCCAUUGGAUUUCCGGACUUGCCUUUGUAUUUCUAGGGCUUCUCACAUCGCUUCUGUCCAUCCCCUUCCGAGUUCAUGGUGUCGUCCUCCGAACGAGCAAAAGAAUCAAAAGAUCAUUCUUCC